CAGAGCCCUACCUCUCUCAAAUUUCCCCUGGCGACAUAUCUUUCUGGAUCUGCCAUAUCCGUUAGUGGACAAAAUCACGAUGCCGGUGAGCUUUGUACGGUUCCGAUUAGCGAUUAUGGUCCGAGAAUCUUUUUCAACAGCCACCUUUCGCUCGGUGGCAUCGAGGAACCUGAUUGGUGCGUACAGUGGGGAAACUCAUGUUCCCUCUCUGACCUCUUCGAUGAAGGCUACGGCACCUACUACCAGGUCCUGGAGCAGUAUGGGCCUGGACCAAAAGGAGGUGAAGAAGCAGAUCGAUGGAUCUUAUAAAAUUGCCAAAGCGGAUGGUAUGGGGCAGGCCGGGAACCAAGUGGAUAUGAGUUUCUCAAAGUUUAGUGAUCAAGACUCUUUUCUUCGCCGCAUGCAAGAAGAUUUCUCGAAGUAUGCUAAGUUUUAUGAUAAGGAGUUCCUGAAGCGCAGCUGGGAAGAGGGACGAGCAAGGGAGGUGUUUCGGGAAUGGAAAGAGGCCCAGAAGAGAGUGUACGCGGAUUCUGAGGAGGAAGAAAUGAGGUUCAAAAUAUUUGAGAGUUUGUUCAAGUAUGCUGUUGAGACAAAUUCAAAGGGUACGCUUUUAAUGGGAUUGAACAAUUUUGCUGAUAAAACCGAGGAGGAAUUGAAACGACCUACUAAAGGAUAUGAAGUUUGCCCAGCCAAAAUUAGACGAAGUCUGAGAAAGCGUUACACAAUAAAAAGGGUGGAAGAACUCUUGCCACUGGCAGUAAUGUUGGCAAUAGAUUCCUUCGGUGAGUUCUUCAAAGAUUCUGAUGAUGUGUUAGGUGAUGAGUUCUGUGAUUGGGAAUCAGAUGAUGAGUGGCUUGGAGAUGGACAUGUAUAAUUGUGAACUAUAUGAACUAGGAGAUGUUCCCUGAUAAUGUAUUAAAUUAUGUAAUGCCGGAGUUUAAUUUCUCUUGUAUGGAUUUUAUGAACUGUCUAGGGGAUGUUCAUAUAUUUAUUCUGUGUCCAAAACUUGACGUGCUAUGGAGUCAUGUUCAUUUUAUUGGUAACAUUAUCAAGUUUCAAGCAGUAAAGUAGGGGCUGCUCUUCGUGAAGGUCCAAUCUGUCAUUAUCCAGUUGAUUUUGAUUUUGAUUUUGAUUUUGAUUUUGAAGUAUCAACGAAUAUAUAUGGUACAUGAGACUUCCA